UAAACUGCAGCUGUUAUCGCUAUGCUACAAUUUGGCGAGAGAUACUGAAGCCAAGGAUGCGGAUCUUGUCUUCGUGUUUCUCAACAGAGAUUUCAGGACCAUCAGCAUUGUAUGCAUUAAUAAAUCACCACUCGUGUGUUGCAGAUGUAUACUAGUAUUCAAUUCAAGAGAGCUGUGAUUUAAAACUGCAAAUAAUUAUAUGUUCAUGGAAUGCUGAAUUAGUGGGCAAGAGACAUUGCGUGGACAUCGGGGAUGCCAUUUUUCAGAAACAUGUUACCGCCAUUAAUAGUUGAAGAGGAUGGGAUUCCUCAUGUCUCCUCACCCCAAUAUAUAUUCAGUAGAUGCCAACAGAUGGAAACCACAUUGAGUUGAACCAAUAUUUUCAAUCAUCAGAUCACCUCUUCUCUGAGAAAGAAAAAUGGUUGUCUCUCCAAUCUGUCCCAAAACCAGCUUCCAUGCUCGAUCCAACAGUCUACCCUCUAGACCACACCCAAUUAUUUCAGAAUUUGAUGAGCAUAUUAGCCGAGUAAGAGAUUCACAGGCUACCUCUACAUCAUUUUCAUCAUCGAUAGGCCACAAACUAAGUAGCCUUCAGGAUGUGUAUGAUUCUGUUGAUAAAUUCCUACAGCUGCCACUUACACAACAAGGAUUAGCAGGAGAACACAAUCAGAAAUGUACUGAUGAGAUCCUAGAUGGAUCUCUCAGGCUCUUGGACGUGUGCAACUCUGCCAAAGAUGCACUGUUGCAAUCAAAAGAAUACAUCCGCGAGCUUCAAUCGGUUAUUCGCAGAAGACAAGGAGGUCAUGAUAGCGAGAUCAGGAAAUAUAUAGCAUCCAGGAAAGUAGUAAAGAAGAAAAUAAAAAAGGCCUUGAAGAACUUGAAGGGCAUUGAAAACAAGUGCACCUUCUCUAGUGAAGACCCUGAGAUUGUUACCAGGAUUGGCAUGUUAAGAGAGGUUGAGUCCAUCAGUCUCGCCGUGUUCGAAUCAUUGCUGUCAUUCAUUUCUGAACCAAAGUCACAAGCAAAGAAAAGCGGGUGGUCAUUGGUUUCCAAGUUGAUACACCACCAAAGAAUAGCAUGCGAGGAAGAAGAAAAAAAUGUGAAUGAAUUUGCAAUGGCUGAUGCUGCAUUGGAAUCUCUUAUCAGUUGCACAACAGAUAAGAUGAUGAAUGUGCAAAAGAAGCUAAGCAGCUUGGAGUUGUGCAUUGAAGAUCUUGAAAAUGGAAUUGAAGGCCUCUACAGGCGCAUGAUCAAAACUAGAGCCUCCUUUCUCAACAUUUUCAUUUAGUAGCCUGAAAAAUCUUUGAAAAUCAUGCUUUGUAUACUUGUGAAUAUUUUUUUAUACUAGUUCACAAACUUAAUAUCAAA